GUACGAUUUUAUAAACAAGUCUUGUGAAUUAUACUUCCUAUUAAUUAAACAUUAAUUAAGUCAUUAAUGAAGUUUAUAUUUUUUUUCUGUUAUAGGUGAUAAAGAUCUUUUCAUUGAAAAAGCAAGCCAGAAAUUGGAAAAAUUUACAACACCAAAUUAUAAACCAAAACCUUUAUUAGAAUGUAAUGGUGCUAUAGGUGAUACACCAAAUGAAACAUUUAAAGAUCAAAGUGAAAUUGAUACUUGGAUAUAUCCCCUGUUACAAAUGCAUCCUUUGAAAAUAACUCAAGAUGAGAAUAUAACACAAUUGAUAUUAAUGAAAGCCACUCCAAAUUCUACUAUUAAGUUAGCAUCUGGUUACUUUAAUUUGACUGAUCAAUACAUGGAUAUCAUUAUUCAAGGUUCAUUAGCUAAUUAUGAUAUUUUAAUGGCAUCACCUCAGGUAAAUGGAUUUUAUGGAGCAUCAGGUGUAGCUGGUUCUAUUCCAUCAGCAUACACUUACAUAGCAAAAAAAUUUUAUGAGAGAUUACAAAGACAGAAAGAAGAAACAAGAAUAAAAUUAAUGGAAUACUACAAAGACAAAUGGACUUUCCAUGUAAAAGGAUUAUGGUAUUAUCUUCCCGGUGAAAAAUUACCAUCUCUAUCUCUAAUUGGAUCACCAAAUUUUGGUUACAGAUCUGUAUAUAGAGAUUUAGAGGCUCAAGUAGCUAUUGUUACAAACAGUACUAAAUUACAGGAAGAAUUACAUUUUGAACAGCAAAGAUUGUAUGACCUUUCAAAGACAGUUAAUGAAGAAACAUUUCAGCAAGCAGAUAGAUAUGUGCCUCUUUGGACAAAAUUAGUUACAAUGGUUGUGAAAACAUAUUUUUAAUAUAAGUUAUUGUUUCGGAAUGUUUUAUGCAUUAACGUUUGAAAAAUAAUUUCAAAGAAUCUUAAAAUUCAAGUUUAUCAAUCUCUGUUUGAAUUAUUUGUCUUCCACAUUUGUUUCAUGGAGUAAUUUAUUAUGUAUUUAUAUAAAGAUAUAUGUAUAUUUGUUAUUAAAGGCAUUUUUUAUAUUCAGAAAACUUUUAAAAAGAUUUUGUAAAUAAUAUAGAUUAUUAUUUUAAAUGAAGAGAUUUUAUUUAUCUGUCCGUAACUGUAAAAUUUAUCCAUUUGGAAUCAUUACAGAAAUAUAUUCACGAUAUUAUGCUGAUUGACCAGCAGACAAUCAUACAAAUAGAGAUCAUUCAUGAUAUGAUGUAUAUUUUAUUUAUGCAUUGUUAAAAGUUGAGUCUGUUAUAUUUAUAUAAAUCUAUUGUAAAAUUCUGUUUUAAAUGUUAAAAUUUACAUACCAGGCUGUCUAGAAAAUAAGGUAACAAGAUCAUUCUUUUUUGUGAUAAAAUUACAUUCAAAACAUAACCGAAUCAGCAUCUAAUUAUUAAUAAAAUAUGUCAAUGACUGAUGCAAUCUAUGUAUUAUGCAUUGGAUGGUAUAUUGAAGAGAUGAGAGAGUAUUUCCUUAUUUAGAAAACAGUUAUGAUGAUAAUGGCUCCAGGCUAUGCAUUUUGACUAUGGCAUUCAUUGUCUGUGAUGCAAAAAUCAUAAAAGUUCUCACAGGCUAAUUUUGAAUAUCAACAAUAGAUUUUCAAUUACCAAAAACAUUUCUCAAGAUCGCAUUGCAUUUAAAAGUUUUGCUUAAUUGUCUACACGAACAAAUUUUGGUAGAUUGUCAUAAUAAUCACACUUUUAAAAAUAUUCUCGUACACUAAAAUUUCAAAUUCCUAACACAAUUUUUCAAAUUAUAUUGCUGUAGAUACACACGAUCAAUAUACUCGUAAUAGCAUUGACUAUAAUAACCUUGAAGAUGAGAACCAUUAUCAAAGUAAUAUAAAUAAUAUUUUGCACAAUGCAAUUUUUAUUAUUGAUUUCCUAUAAGCACAGGCACAAGCUAUUUUCUAGAUUUUGUAAUGCUACAGAUAAUUUCACAAUUAGUUUUUAUGAUAUCUUGGUACCAAUUUUCUAGAUAGCUCUUACAUUUACAAAUUUUGAUGUCUUUCUAAUAAAUGUGGAUUGUUCAAUUUA